AUGGACAAGUUCAUAACCGACCUCGGUUCAGAGGGAAUCCGCACGCUGACGAACUUCACUGUCACUGAGUUUGAGACUCUUUGGUCCUUCGUGGACACUGCCAUGCAAUCGGCUUGGAUGGAAGGGCGCGGUCGUCGAUCUCCUACGAGCACGAAGGACGCCAUGUUCAUGGCGCUGACCGUCCUCAAGCACUUCUCGUCAUGGGAAAAGCACGCUGCGGACUAUGGCUUCAAGGCACCAACGUUUGAGAAGCUGAUCAUGCGCGUGCUCUCGGUGAUUGAACUCAUCUUCUACCGACGUUUCAUCACUUCAGUGACGAUGGCGGAGCUCACCCAGUCAGGUCAGCGCUUUACCCACUUUCCAUACGCUCUCUAUGCUGUAGACAAGCACUACUUUAGUGGCAAACACCACUUGUACGGCUACAAGGUCGAAGCAGCUAUGUCACCAGAUGGCCGAUGUGUUGCCAUGUCUACUGCAAUCCUGGAUCUGUGCACGACCUUACCAUUAUGA